AUGGAUGAUGACGCUGCAACCAUGUCAAAAGCUAGGGAAGUAUUGGGACACGAGUUGGAAAAAUGGAGCGACAUUGGUCACUCCAAAAAGUCGGUAGGAAAGGCAUUGUACAACUUACAAAAUAAGCACAAGAUAUUGAGUACACGUGUCAUACAGUAUUUUCAGAAAUGUUUUUCGUAUGCUGUCACUCAAAAUAAAGAUAAUGCUUCAGGGUUAAAGGAUGCACUGCAAGCAAUAGUUGAACAUGCAUUUGGAAAUCACGUCAAGUGUGGUAACUGGUGCAAAGCAGGAAAUGUAGAUUAUACAUAUAAAUCACUUCCACAUGGCAAACCUUUCGAAAAGGAAUCGCUGUAUGUUGACUUAUCCGUUAUAUUCAAACCUGUUGCUAACCAUUCCGAGAAACUUGCCCCUGGAGGCUCCACAAGAGAUGUAGAAUCUACCAACAAUAUAUAUGCAAGUAAAGCCCACAAGCGCACAUGUUACAGUACAAGUGAAUCCCUUGAAAAUAGGAUUGCUGCUGCAGCUGCACAAAAAAAUCUAGGGUAUAACUAUAUGGAAGAUGUUUUUGUAAAGGCACAUUUAUCACCAAGUAAAAUUUUGGAAGUUAACUGUCAAAAAUUAUCAAAAGAAAGAAAACGCCAGUUGAAAUUUGAAUGA